AGAGUCAUGGGUUCAAUAGAAAACCGAAUCUAUAAAUACGCUUUUACUUUGCUAUCAAAGUAAAAACUUAAAAUCGCAGUAAGAUGGAAAGUGUUAAUCAAUUUUCAGAAGAUGACACAUUUAACAAUAGGAAUAUACACAAAACAGGUACAAGAUAUAAAAUAGCAUUUAACAACGGGUUAAUUUUAAAUAAAAAAAGAGAAACAAAUGAUAUGCAGCAAGAUUGUUUUGAUAAAAAACUCGACAACAUAAGUCAAUAUGUAAAUAAAUUAAAUAAAGUUUCAACCAAAACGAUGUUGUAUAACCUAUUAGUUAAAAUGUACAUUUUAACUUUAAAAACUUAUAUAAAUUAUAUUUUAUAUAAAUACUUUAAAUAAAAUAAUAAUAUAAAAUAAAUAGUAUUACUUAUAUAAUGUAAAAUAAAACAUAUUUUUUUUGCGCUCUCACAAAAGUAAAUCUAUAUAAGUUUUUAAAGUUGAAAGUUGAUUAACACUUUCCAUUACCACUGCGAUUUUAAAAAAAAUGUAAAAAAAAAUUUAAAAAUUAAAAAACGUAAAAAAAAAAACAAUGUAAAAUUAACAAUUUUCUAAAAGAAGACACCUAGAACUUUUUUCUUUUAAAAAAACGUGAAAACUUAUAACUUAACUAAAAGAAAAAAGGUUUUUUGCGAUUCUACUACAAAAACAAAGUGUUGACGCUGAUGACAAGUAAGUUACUUAACUUUUGUUUUUCAUUACUUUUUUAUUUGAUUUGAAUGUGAUUUCUUUGUAUGCAAAUAAUAAACCAUCAAGUUCAAAUACAAUCUAAAAUAACUUUUUUUUUUUUUUUUUUUUUUUAAUUUUGUAAUUGAGGACCUUUACUUCAUUAUGAUUUUAUUUAAUUUUUAGGAAUUUAAUUAUGUUUGAUAUUUUAUGUAUUAUAAUGAACUUUUUUUAAAAUUAUAACAGGUAUAUAAAAUCGUAAAAAAUCCUUAUUUAGAAAAGUUUCAAAGAUCAAAGGUGUUAUCGAAAAGAAUUUUUAAAACUGAAAAAAUUAAAAGACAAGCAGAUAGAGAACCUGUUGAACCUUGGCACUAUGUGUACCUAGGCCACCUGGCUCGUUUCAAAUGAUCGCACAAUAUUAAAUUUUACUGUCUAUGAUAUUUGGUACAUCACAACCGACUCUUCAAUUUGAAGUUCGUCACAUACCGCUAUUAUGCCGGUGUUUUUUGUAAUCGACGUUAAAACCUUUUUUCGGGAAAAAAGUAAAAAUCAUGCCUAGAAGUAAAGAACUGAAGAAAAGGACACCAAUUAAUGUGAAUGAUCUGACAAAUGCCAUUAAAAUGAUUAAGGAUAAAAAAUUCACCACUUUCGGUGCUUCCAAACAUUUUGGAUUACCAAGAACAACUUUGCGUCGUCAUUUAAAGCACUGUUUGGAAAUUGGUAAAGAUGUAAGCAAGUUACAUGAAAACCUUGCAGUUAAUCAAGUUUUUGAUCUCACCGCAGAGCAAAGUUUGGUGGACUAUAUUAAAGACGCAGCACACUUGCAAUUUGGAUUGACUCUAAAAGACGUGAAAAUACUUGCUUACCAAUUUGCAAAAGUGAAUGGAAAAAAGUACCCUAAGAGCUGGGAUACAAACAAAAUGGCUGGAGAUUAUUGGCUGCGAUUAUUUAGGAAGCGAUACCAAAGGAAAUUGUCUUUAAGAAAGCCUGAAGCUACUAGUUUGGCUCGCUCUUCGGCGUUUAACAAACAUACUGUGAGUUUAACAUAUGACAAUUUUAAGAAAGUUCUGUCUCAAUGUCCAUCUGACAUAAAAGCCACUGAUAUUUGGAAUUUAGAUGAAACUGGAUUGUCCACUGUCCAUGUUCCUCCAAAAAUACUAGCACCUCUUGGAAUGAAGCAAGUUGGGUCAAUGACUAGCACUGAAAGAGGAACGACGGUUACAAUGAUAGCAGCUAUUAAUGCAGGUGGUGGUUUUAUUCCACCCAUGCUGAUAUUCCCUCGUGUAAACUUUAAAGAUUUUAUGAUAACUGGUGCUCCUGAAGGCAGUAUUGGAGUUACCAACCCAUCUGGUUGGUCAAACGAGUCCAUAUUUGUGAAAUUCCUCCAGCAUUUUAUCAAAUAUGCAAAGCCUACCAUAGAACAGCCUGUCAUUCUCAUAAUGGACAAUCAUGAAAGUCAUAUUUCAGUACCCGCAAUACAAAAAGCCAAAGAUAAUGGUGUAAAGCUUAUUACUCUACAUCCACAUACUAGUAAUCAUAUGCAACCAUUAGACAAGACAGUUUUUGGGCCUUUCAAGACUUAUUUUAAUACAGCAGCUAAUGAGUUACUAAUGUCUCCAGGUCGUGGGGUAAAACCAUUAACUAUAUAUGAUAUUGCUGGCUUGGUGAGAAAAGCUUUUCCUCUUGCCUUCACACCUAACAAUAUUUGUAAAGGUUUUAGUUCAACUGGUUUCCAUCCUUUGAAUGAAAACAUCUACAUAGAUGCUGAUUUUAUGCCCGCAUCCUAUUCUGAUCGUCCACUUACUGGAAAAUCACCCACCAAAAUUGAUCAGGUGUCUGUUAGUCAGCCGACUGCUUCAGGUUCCAAAAAUAUACAUAGAGAAUUGCCAACUUUUAUAUUGCCAGGUAUAAUACGCCCUUACCCAAAAGUCGAGCCUCGUAAAGAAACACGAAAAGGAAGACAAAAAGGAAGAUCCAGAAUUUUGACCGAUACACCAGAAAAGAAAGGAAUUGAAAAUAUAAAAGCUAAAAAAAAUGUUUCAAAUAGGUUAAUGAAUAAAAAAAGACUCAAUAAUUCAAAAAAGAGAAAAAGAACAAUUCUACCUGAACCAGAACCUAGUGAAGAUUCUAACAGCUAUAUAACGAGUGACACAUUUGAAGGUGCCUCUGACAAUAACAAAGAUGAUGAGAACCUACAGGUUGAAAAUAUUAAUAGAGAAAAUUACAAUAUUGGAGACUAUGUUAUAUUUUUAUAUGAAGGUUCUUAUUUUGUCGGAAAGGUAGAAUCAAUAUCUAAAGAAGGUAUAUUACUAAAAUCAAUGCAAAAAUCACUUAAAAACUGGAAAUGGCCUGAAAAAGACGAUUUGAAUCUGUGUCCAAUAAGUGACAUUAUAGAAAAAAUUCAAACCCCGCAAAAAGUUAACAAGAACAGAGAAAUUUAUUAUAUUCAAGAGAUACAAAAGUACUGGGAUUUCUACUAAAUGAAUAAUAUAUCUUCAUAUUAAUAGUAUUCUUAUAAAAGCCAAUCACCGAAUAAAAUGUUAAGAGAGAAAUGAUAAUUUAUAAAGUUGUUUAGAUA